UGCCGCCCUCUCGUCCCGGGGGGCGUUCCCGGCCGCGGCGGCGAACCUAACGGGCUCGCGAGGCCGCCGGCUCCCCGCCCUCCCCCGGCCCUCCCCGGCUCCAUCUUGCGCGCGAGCGGGUUGGGCUCCGACGCUGCUCCCGGUCAGAAUGUCAUACCCAGGCUAUCCCCCCACAGGCUACCCACCUUUCCCUGGAUAUCCUCCUGCAGGUCAGGAGUCAUCUUUCCCACCUCCAGGUCAAUAUCCUUAUCCUAGUGGCUUUCCUCCAAUGGGAGGAGGUGCCUACCCACCAGCACCAAGUGGUGGCUACCCAGGAGCUGGAGGCUUCCCUGCAUCUGGAGGUUAUCCAGCCCCUGGAGGCUAUCCUGGUGCCCCACAGCCAGGGGGAACUCCAUCCUAUCCUGGAGUUCCUCCAGGCCAAGGAUAUGGAGCCCCACCCAGUUCAGCGAGCUUUUCUGGUUAUCCACAGCCACCUUCACAGACUUAUGGUGGUGGUCCAGCCCAGGUCCCACUACCUGGUGGCUUUCCUGGAGGACAGAUACCUUCUCAGUAUCCUGGAGGACAAGCUCCUUACCCUAGUCAGAUCAAUACAGAAUCCUUUCCUUCCUAUCCUGUUUUUUCUCCUGUUUCUUUGGAUUAUAGCAGUGAACCUGCAGCAAUGACUCAGGGUACUCAAGGGACCAUUCAACCAGCUGCCAACUUCGAUGCUAUGAGAGAUGCAGAAAUUCUCCGUAAAGCAAUGAAAGGAUUUGGGACAGAUGAGCAGGCAAUUGUGGAUGUUGUGGCCAGUCGUUCCAAUGAUCAGAGGCAAAAAAUUAAAGCAGCUUUUAAGACCAUGUAUGGCAAGGAUUUAAUCAAAGAUCUCAAGUCAGAGUUGAGUGGAAAUAUGGAAGAACUGAUUCUUGCCCUGUUCAUGCCUCCUACAUAUUAUGAUGCCUGGAGUUUACGGAAUGCAAUGCAGGGAGCAGGAACUCAGGAACGAGUAUUGAUAGAGAUUUUGUGCACAAGAACAAAUCAAGAAAUCCGAGACAUUGUCAGAUGUUAUCAAACAGAAUUUGGACGAGACCUUGAAAAGGACAUUAGGUCAGAUACAUCAGGACAUUUUGAACGUUUACUUGUAUCCAUGUGCCAGGGAAAUCGUGAUGAGAAUCAGAGUGUAAACCACCAAAUGGCUCAAGAAGAUGCUCAGCGUCUCUAUCAGGCUGGUGAGGGGAGACUAGGGACAGAUGAAUCUUGCUUUAACAUGAUCCUUGCCACACGAAGCUUUCCUCAGCUGAAAGCUACCAUGGAGGCUUAUUCCAGGAUGUCUAAUCGAGAUUUGUUAAGCAGUGUGGGCCGCGAGUUUUCUGGAUAUGUUGAAAGUGGUUUGAAGACCAUCUUGCAGUGUGCCCUGAACCGUCCUGCCUUCUUUGCUGAGCGGCUGUACUAUUCUAUGAAAGGUGCAGGCACAGAUGACUCCACUCUGGUCAGGAUUGUGGUCUCCCGAAGUGAGAUCGACCUUGUACAAAUAAAAGCGAUGUUCACUCAGAUGUAUCAGAAGACCCUGGGCACAAUGAUUGCAAGUGACACAAGUGGAGAUUACCGAAAGCUGCUUCUGGCUAUUGUGGGUCAGUAGAAGGGAUUUUUUUUUUUUUUAAAGGAAUGAAGCUAUUCAUAGCUCAUCCUUUAGAACAAUGACUGACCCCCAUGCAGCAGUAUCAACUACCGCUUAACCAAAACAGCUUUUUACCAAGGACUGUCAGGGUAAUGUGCUCAGUUUGCACAUGUUGUUGUUGCCUUAAAUCUAAUGUUAUCUUUUCAUUCUGUGUAUAAAGUAAAGCCAUAUCACAAUGAUGUAAUAAUUUUGCAAUGUUUGUAAAGCUUCAUUCUCACUGCUUUUAUUCUAAUCAGGAUUUCAAAUUGAAUAAAAAUCACAGCAAUAUUUACAUGUGUAAUCAUGAGUACAUGUUUUAAAAGAUUUCUCAUUGGACCGGGGACAUAUCUCAGUGUUAUAGCAGUUGCUGGGUAUGUGAGGGCGUGAGUUCAAUCCCCAGUUCUGCAACAACAAAAACUCAUCACCUCAAUCUAGUUAAAAAAAAAAAAAUGAGAAAAUACUAUUUUAUAAAAGUAAUGCUGUUUUGGCUUGACUUCAGAACAUGAUUGUGAUAAAGGAAUAUAAAUAAUGAUGUGUCCACACAACUCACAGCUAGUAAUAACUGGUUAUUUCCCUCCUUCCCUCUGCCUUGUGCAUGCUCAGCAAGUGCUCUACAUCCCUGUCCCUUUAAAAAUAAAUUUAUUUUGAAAUGGUUUUGCCAAGUUGCCAAGUCUGGCUUUGAACUUGUUGUUCUGCCUUAGCUUCUCAACUAUUUGGGAAUGUGGGCAUGUACCACUGUGCUUGGCUUACUUAUUCUUUGUUUUCUAACAUCUUAGUCUUUUCAGCAAAAAUAGGAAAAAAAAAAAAAGAGAGAGACUUUGCUUUAACUAA